ACUCAUCUAGGAUUUCCAAUGGAUGUUGCAUCAACCAUACCAUUUCAAACAAUAUACCAAUUCUUUGAUGGGAAAAAGCAAGAAGGAGACAUUUUUGGCUUCCUCAACUUGCUCAGACUAUGGCGACUGCGUCGCGUUAGUAAAUUCUUCUCAAGACUAGAGAAGGACACUCAAUUCAGCUACUUCUGGACAAGAUUUUGUAAACUAGUUUGUGUGACCUUAUUCGCGGUGCAUUCCUCUAGUUGUUUCUAUUACUGGCUAGCAACACAUUAUCAUACUGCAGAAAAUACCUGGAUUGGAUCAAGUGUUACUAAUUUCCAAGAAAGAAGUGUCUCUCUAGGGUACACAUAUUCCAUGUAUUGGUCUUUUGUUACCCUCACCACAGUAGGUUAUGGCGAUCUUCGUGCACAUAAUACAGGGGAGAAGGUUUUCUCCAUCUUCUACAUGCUUUUCAACAUUGGCCUUACUGCUUACUUAAUUGGCAGCAUGACCAAUCUUAUUGUCCAUAGUGUUGAUAGAACCUUCGCGAUGUUGAUUUGCCCAGCAUCAGGCAACUUGUUUGCACAAGUGAAAUUCAGUCGCCCAGCAUCAGCUAACUUGUUUGCACAAAGCAAUUUCUAUGAUGAUUGCUUCAAUAUCUUGCAGGAGGGGUCAGUGAAUAAGGGACAAAAUCAUGAAGGACCAAGCCAAGAAGGAACCAGAAUUCCCGGAUUGUCAGGCACACUCCCCACUAGGAUUAUAAUACAUGGACAUCAUCCACAUGAUAAACUAAAUGAACGAGGAAUUGCAGGAAAACUAAUACAUCUACCAGAGUCAGUUGAAGGUCUCCUAACAAUAUCAGAAAAAAAGUUUGGCAAAAGAGGAAGCAUAAUUCUCAUGGCAGAUGGCUCCCAACAGGAGGAUUUGGGUGCUUUGCGAGAAAAUGAUCACUUGUAUAUAGUUUGA